AUGAUGGGUGACCAGUCAGUGAAUAAUAAUGCAGGAUGGAGCAUCCCACAGGCAGCGCUCCCUGGUGGUGCGGUGGAAGCUAGUGAUACAAUCACUGAAGCACCACAGAAUGAGAUAGAGGAUGAGACAAGUACGGAGCUUUUGAAUAUUGAUACCAGACCAAAUGGAACUCUGAUUGCGAGAUCGCAAUUUGAGGAUUAUUCCCUCCGAGGGCACAGACUCGAGGACAUGUCGCUACUGGCAUUCAUUACCAACACAUAUGAAAUGAACACUUGUCAAGAUAGAAGGAGGAAAGGACAUACAGACAAUAAUUCCGGAAUGGCAUCGAAAUGUGGUCGUCCUGCAAACUUUAGGAGUCAAUACUUGGACUCGCACCAAAGCCAUGAUACAAAAAUUAGGGUCAUUCGUUCUUCUGGGCAUCGAACUAUAGCAAACAUUAUCGGGAAAUGGUUCCCUCGGGGCAAUGAUCUAGAUUCCACUGACAGCCAUCAUGCCUCGAUGCUCUGUCUCCUCAAACCCUGGAGGGGACUGUCAAUGUUGAAGUCACAAGGAGAGACAUGGACAUCAGCAUAUGAAAAUUUCCUGGAGGGAUCACACCGUCAUCUGCCAGCCAUAAUUGGAAAUGCGCAGUUCUAUUAUGACUGCAAGGAUGCCACAACACACCAAAAAGCAAACGGUGUCUACUCUGGCUCCAAACUGGAUGUGGAUCAUAGUGAUGAGGAAGUGGAGGAAGUGGAGGGUGGAGGGGCUGAGAAAGGGGAUUCAGACUGGUCCGAAGCCAGCCUGGAGAAGAUCCUGAGAGAUAGAAGCAGGACAUGCGAAGUCCUUCAUGGUGAACACGCUGUCGAAUGCGCAAAAUCAGCACAUAUUUUCAAUUCAGCAAGUACAUGGCAAGCAGAUGCUCCCCCAUCAUCGAGAAACUCGCAUCAUGGAAGGAUGCGAUGA